AUGCAACAAACAGAAUGUAGAGGCGGUAAAAUAUAUGAAAUUAAUGAUGUUCAAGAUAUAGAUGAAUGUAAAGCUGCUUGUUUUCAUAAAAACUGUCAAGCAGUUAAUUUAUAUCAAGUCGGGGAAUUCCAAUUUAAAUGCGAAAUACUUGCAUAUGUUCGAGGAUAUUUCCCUGCACAAGGAGCUGCUUGCUAUAUUUCUUACAUUUAA